CAAGAGGUUGCCACAUGCAUUAAAAUUGAGUCUGAAUCAUCUGAUUGAUACGCAUAUAUGCAGAUCAGCAAGGCACUAGCUGGAACUGACAGAAAAGGUUUGAUGAGGAAACUGCCGAAGUUCAUAUAUGACGAGGAAAAGGCAUUGGAGAAGACUCGCAAAGUACUGGCCGAGAAGAUUGCACAGUUGAAUUCUGCAAUAGAUGAGGUUUCUGCUCAGUUGCAUGCAGAGGAUACCCCAAAUGGAACUGCAGUGAAUUCUGAUGAGAUCCAAGCUUCUACAUAAGAAACAUAUUUGUUGAGAUUUCAAAAACAAACUGAAAAAUGA